AAUGUUUGUACUCGUCUAACACACUCAUUCAUAAACAUUAGGUGGUAAACUAGUUAAUCAUUGGAUUUGUAAACAUAUUGGGGUCCAUGCAUUGACAUUAGUGUGUCUAGCUAGUAACAACUUUUAGUAGAAGGACUAGUAGUUUUUGGGGCCAUAGUAAAUAGUAAACAUUAGCAAAUCUAGUAGCCUACAUUAUUAGUAGUAGAUAUUAUAACUUCAUGUUUACUAUUUUCAAUAUGGGUGAUAGGGCUGGCAAUUUGGUCCAGGACUGUUUGUUUUUACUCGAAACCAGAGCGUAUAAUCCGGACCGGGACCAGACUGGGACCGGAUAAAGGCCUGAUGAAAUUCCCCAACACUCAAAUCCCCACAAGCUCAAUCUAAAAUCAAAAUCAAAUUGGGACCGAACCGGGUCAAGACCGGACCGGAUAAAGCCUGGAGUGUAUCCAAUCCAAUCUUUGGUCCUUAUAUGCCCGAAAAGACCAGACUGGGACCAAAUCAAUUUGGUCCAAUUUAACCGGACCGGACCGUAUAGCCACCCCUAAUGGGUGAGCAUUGAUACUCCAUAUUACUUUUUGUAUCUUUAUAAUUCAAACUAAACUUGUACGUUUAAUGUUGUGGUACAAAUUCGGUAUUAUACGUAUAACUAUAGUUUCUUUUACAAAUAUUUUUAUAGUACAAACUGCAUUUAUACAUUUAUAUAUAUUAUAGUGCAAUAUAAACUUGUAUCAUAACAUAUAACAUAAAGUCAUAAAGUCACAAAUUAGGCUUCCCUUAUGCAAUAUGGGUUUCAUUCAUGAGACAUGCGGCUGUAGGUUUGUCAUUCAUUCUUCCGAGUCCUUGGAAAGAGAGAAAUCCCAAUCAGAAUUGAUGACCCUUCCUUAUUGCAAGGCAAAGCUAUAAUUAUAAAUUAUAAUACACAUUCGAUAUUCAAGGAAAAGGGUAAUGCACCGACGGGAACAAAUAGACUGGAAAUAAAAAAAAGCACGGAUGCCGAGUAAUACCUCACAAUGGGUAGGUUAAAUGAAUGGCCCAAAAUAUAGCUACGUGUCCUCUAACCUGCCUAGAGUAAAAUCUCAUCACACCUAGAACAACGGGAAAAGCAGUCUCUUCUCCUUCCAGCCUCUCUCUGAGGACGCACAGUGUACCAAGGACGUCAUAAACCAAAGAGGCAAUAAAAACUCAGUCUCCAUCGGCAAUUGCUCGUUUCUCUCCCCAUAUCUGCCGCGAAAGCAAUAAAGAAAAAACUUGCCGAUGCAAGCUAUAAAUCCUCUAUUUGUGCUCUGUUUUCCUAUACUCUGUUCUACAAUAUAAACCAACAGACACAUACUCGCCUGCAAUUGAGAGGAAGGAGCAGCUGAUAGUCUUGGGUCAAAAUCUAGCAGGCGAAGAGUGUGUGGAUUGAGAGGAAAGAGAAGCUGAUUUUCCUACCAGAAUUUCCGUAAGACAAUUCCUUCUUUUAUUCCUCUAUUUACCUUUUGCGUUGGUUUGCCAUGUACUGCUUCCUAGCAACAAAUUAGCUAGGUAUUUACUAUGAGUUAGCUUUGUUUUGCUGGCUAUUGUUGUAAAUGGGUUUCAUAUGAUUGCAAGGCAGGGGAAUUUCAAUUGAAUUUGAUUAAGUUUGUGAAGAUUUCAACUGAGAGCAAGUUAUUUGUACGUCAAUUGAGACUCUGUUUUAUGGCAGUUUUCAACCUUAUGAAAAUAUAAAAAUAAUAUAAGUUUGAUUAUACUUGCAGGCUCUAUUAUAAUCCAUGGACAGAAUUUGGAUUAGUGAAUCCAAUCGGCUUAGUGGAGUGUUCAUCCAAGGAGUUGUUUCUUUUAUUGAGUUUGCACGUAGCUCCGUUAAAGAUGGGAAGAUUGCUUGUCCAUGUCAGAGAUGUGUUAACCGGUUUCAUCAUACAACCAGUACUGUUAUGGCCCAUAUCCUUGAAAAUGGGUUCUCUCAAAGUUACACAAAUUGGUAUUUUCAUGGAGAGACGAUUUCCCAAUCAGACCCGAUACCCAACAGGUCUGAUGUUGAAACUGAAAAUGUUGAGGGAUGUGGAAAUAUACAACACAAUGUACAGGAAUUCAUGGAAGACAUGGCUACUGGAUAUGCUCAUGUGGAUGGAUUUCAAUCGAUGUCGGGUGAUCAAGGCUCGGGACACUCAAGUCAUACCGAAAUUCUGAAUAAUGAAGCCGGAAAAUUCUAUGAUAUUCUGGAAGAUAUGGAUGAAAAGCUCUUCGAUGGAUGCACCAACCAAAGUAAACUUUCUUUCAUACUUGAGUUGUUUCAUCUAAAAUGCAUGAAUGGAUUGAGUAAUAAGGCAUUCAAUGAUUUAUUGAGCACGUUAAGGGAAACUUUGCCUGAAGGGCAGAAACUACCCAAGUCUUCUUAUGAAAUUAAGAAGCUCAUUGGAAAAUUGGGUCUUGGAUAUGAGAAAAUUGAUGUCUGCCCAAAUAACUGCAUGUUGUUUUGGAGAGAAAAUAUAAAGGAGAGAGAAUGUCUCCAAUGUGGUGAAUCUAGAUACGUUGAUGAUGAAAGUAGAGGUCCAGAUCCUCCAACGAAGAAACGAAAGAAGAAAGAGAAGCCUAAAAAGGUACUAUGGUGGUUUCCUCUAAAACCUAGACUGCAGAGAUUAUUUAUGUGCUCAAAGACAGCUUCUUUGAUGCGUUGGCACUUUGAUAAACGGGUAGAUGAUGGGUGCCUGAGACAUCCUGCAGAUGCUCGUGCAUGGAAAGACUUUGAUGCUCGGUAUCCUGAUUUUGCAAAAGAACCUCGUAAUAUUAGACUUGGUUUGGCAACUGAUGGUUUCAACCCUUUUCGAAAUCUAAGUAGCACUCAUAGCACAUGGCCUGUGUUGUUGACAAUAUAUAACUGGGCACCCUGGUUAUGCAUGAAACAACAUUCUAUGAUAUUAUCCCUUCUCAUCCCAGGUCCUCAUUCACCCGGAGACAAAAUUGAUGUGUUUCUAGAGCCUCUCAUUGUUGAUCUGCAUGAUUUAUGGGUUCAUGGUAUGCAAACAUAUGAUGCACAAGAAAAGAAGAUGUUUCAGUUACAUGCAGCACUGAUGUGGACAAUCAAUGAUUUUCCGGCUUAUAGCAUGUUGUCAGGUUGGAGGACUAGAACUAAAUUUGCAUGUCCUAAUUGUGGUUUUGAUACUUGGUCAAAGUGGUUACAUUAUGGUGGAAAAUAUUGUUAUAUGGGACAUCGAAGAUUUUUGGGUAAAGAUCAUCCAUUUCGAUAUCAUGCAGAGGAGUUUGAUGGAACAGAAGAACAUAGAGAAGCACCUGCCAUGACAUCUGGGACUGAUAUUCUGAGACGAUUCAAUGGUGAAACUAUAGUGACUGAUUUAGAUGAUAAAGUUGUACCAGUUGGUGACGGGUUGACGAAGAAGAGUGUAUUCUUUCAGCUGCCAUAUUGGGAGUUUAAUUUAGUGAGGCACAAUCUAGAUGUUAUGCACAUAGAAAAAAAUGUGUGUGAUAACAUAUUGGGAACUUUAUUGGAUAUUGAAGGGAAGAGCAAAGAUAACUUGAAGGCUCGUAUGGAUAUGAAAGAAAUGGGUAUAAGGACAAGUCUUCAUCCGGUUGAGAGGUCUAAUGGGAAAACGUCAUUACCAGAUGCAUCUUAUACCAUGCUGAAAAUUCAGAAAGAACGUAUGCUUAGUGUACUGAAAGCCGUUAAGGUGCCAGAUGGUUAUUCCUCUAAUAUGUCAGGAUGUGUGAACAUGAAGGAGCGUAAGCUAGUUGGGCUAAAGAGCCAUGACUGUCAUGUUUUGAUGCAAGAUUUGCUUUCGAUAGCUAUAAGAGGAUGCUUGCCUGAAAAGGAGAGUAGAGCAAUCAUUGACCUAUGUAGAUAUUUCAAAGGAAUAUGCUCAAAGGUUCUCAAAGUCGAUUAUCUUGAAGAAUUAGAGUGUGAAAUAAUCAGGACGCUUUGUAAUAUGGAAAUGAUCUUCCCUCCCUCGUUUUUCACAGUUAUGGUGCAUUUAGUGAGUCAUCUUGCAACAGAGGCUAAAUUAGCAGGACCAGUACAUUACAGGUGGAUGUAUCCCGUCGAAAGGUAACUAGUGCCAUAUAUGAAUGCUUUAGGUUUGGUUGCGUGAGUUUUUUAGUUUGUUAGCAAUGCCUCCACAAUAGUGUUGUUUGUCAUUUAUUUUAACCACUGGAUUAUGCAGGGGUUACUCUUAUAUGUGAAUGAAUUUGCCUAUUGCGCGUGGAUUUCUUAUAAAGCAGUGUUGUUUUAAUGCUUAUUAUCUUCAUGCAUGGAAAAUUUAUGGUUAUUAUAUAAGUGGUGGGGUUGGGUUGCGUCUUUUUCCUGUGGGUCGAGGCACCUGUAUCAGGGAGAGUGGUGGUUGCCUCAUUUUCUUUUAUUUCCAUCUUUCUCCCAUGUAUUUCUCUUCAAUGUCAAUAAUUUAUUUUCAUUAAUAAAUAUAUUUUCAUUCGUAAGAAAAUGAAGGUAGUUGGUUUAAUGCUUUUCCCAACUCCCAUCAUGCCUGCUACCGUCGUCUGUUUUGUUGUUCCUUGGGAAGCUGCGGGUACUUGUUUUAUUUGAUGAUGCUUUGAGAUUUAAUAUCUCUUUUGUAUAGUAUUAAUAUAUUAUAUUUAUUUAUUUUUGCUCCUCUGAAGUAAUCAGAACAUAUUUAUAUCGCAGGUACCUAAUGACACUUAAGUCUAACGUGAAAAAUAAAGCUCGUCCGGAAGGUUCAAUUGCUGAGUGGUACAUCGCAAAUGAAUGUAUUACAUUUUGUUCUAGAUACUUUGAAGGUGUAGAGACAAGAUUUAAUCGAGUUGCGAGGAAUAAUGAUAGUCUUACAGUUGAUGAAGAUGUAAUACAUUCAGUUGAUGAAGAUUUAACACAGAUGCAUGAUGCUCCUUGCCUAAUUCUUCCCGGACGUCCAAUAGGGGGGGUACAAGAUCUUAAACUUGAUGAUAAGACAUUGGUCCAGGCUCACCGCUAUGUCUUAUACAAUUGUGAUAUAAUGAUUUCCUUUCGACAGUAAGUUAUUCAUUCAUUUUCCAGUUAAUACCAAUUAUAUAAUUUUAGUCAUAACUCAAGCAAUGUAAUGAUCAUUUUUGUUUCUUAAUUUUUAGGGAUCAUCGUGAUGCUAUCAAAAGGGAAUCUCGAAAUAAAGAUCGACGACGGGGCAUCUCUCAAGUGGAUAUUGAAAAACUACAUACUGCUACUUUUGUAGAAUGGUUAAAGGGUCAUGUAAGUAUAAUUGACAAAAUAAAAUGGCGUGAUCAUUUAUUUAGAUUUACAUAUAACUAUGCUAGUGACAUAUCCUUUCUAACAAAGUAAUAUUUAUUUUUAUUAGGUUUCCAGGUUAUCAGAUAUGAAAGACCCACGUGUAACUGAACAUGUAAGAUGGCUAUCCCAGGGUCCAAAUAAAGUGGUUCGAAGAUUUAGUGGAUAUAUCAUAAGAGGGAUUAGAUUCCACUCUGAAGGCAGGGAAGAAUCUACAAAAGCUCAAAACAGUGGUGUGGUUGUCAUGUCAGAAACAUCAACUUCUACAGAGGCUAUAGAAUAUUUUGGCAGAAUUACUGAUAUCAUAGAGCUGAACUAUUAUGAAAGAUUCAGGAUUGUGUUAUUCAAGUGUGAUUGGGUUGAUGUCGAAAGAGGAAGAGGGGUGAAGAAAGACAAAUUUGGCUAUACAUUGGUCAACUUUUCAAAGGUGGUUCAUACAGGUAGACACUUGAACGAUGAACCAUUUGUUUUUGCUUCACAGGUUGAACAAGUGUUUUAUGUUCAAGAUGGAACAGAAGCAGGUUGGAGUGUUGUUGUUCGAGUUAAGCCUCGAGACACAUUUGAGAUGGGAGAUUAGCUAGUAUUUUACCUCAAAAUUAAUUACUGAACAUAAUUUCUCUUUUUAGUUAUAUAUUUGAUAUGCACUUAUACUUCUCUUUAAUAAUUACCUUCCAUAAGA